AUGCCAGUUGACGCCGGACCGCUGAGAGAGCUGGAGAACUCAGGGAGACCUGGUGAGCCUCCACUAAUAAAAGGCUGGCUUCCUUAUCUUGGAGAGGCCCUGAAAUUACAAAAGGAUCCUUUAGGUUUCAUGAAAACUCUUCAAAAGCAACAUGGUGACACUUUCACUGUUCUCCUUGGAGGAAAGUAUAUCACAUUUAUCCUGGACCCUUUUCAGUACCAGUUAGUAAUGAAAAGUCACAAAUUAAGCUUUCGAGUAUUCACUAAUAAACUAUUAAGGAAAGCAUUUUCCAUCGAAAAGUUGGCAACCAAUGAUGACAUGAAUGAUGAUCUUCAUGGCUGCUAUCAUCUUUUACGAGGGACAGCUUUAGAUAUACUCACAGAAAACAUGAUGCAGAAUUUAAAACAAGUUUUCAAACUCCAACUAUUAAAAACCACAACUUGGAACACAGCAUACCUGUUGACAUUCUGCAGCUCGGUAAUAUUUGAGGUCACAUUCACAACCAUAUAUGGACAAUCUCUUGCUGGCAAUAGGAGAAAAUUUAUUACUGAUCUAAGAGAUGAUUUCUUAAAAUUUGAUGACAAAUUCCCAUAUUUAAUAUCAGACAUACCGAUAGAGCUUCUAGGAAAUGUCAAAUCUAUUAGAAAGAAACUUAUAAAACUCUUGACAUCAGAACACUUAGCUAAGACACAAGGAUGGUCAGAAGUUGUUCAAAUGAGGCAAGAUAUCCUGGAGAAAUACUAUACACUUGAGGACUUUGAAAUAGGAGCACAUCAUUUAGGCUUUCUCUGGGCUUCUGUGACAAACACUAUUCCAACUACGUUCUGGGCGAUGUAUUACCUCCUCCAGCACCCAGAAGCUAUGGCGGUGCUGCGUGACGAAAUUGACCAUUUGCUGCAGUCAACAGGUCAAAAGAAAGGGUCUGGAUUUCCCAUCCACCUCACCAGAGAACAAUUGGACAGCCUGGUCUACCUAGAAAGCACCGUUCUCGAGGUUUUACGACUAUGCUCAUUUUCAAGCAUCAUUCGUUUUGUUCAAGAGGACUUGACUCUACAUUCAGAGACGCAAGACUACUGUUUGCGGAAGGGGGACUUGGUAGCCAUCUUUCCUCCAGCCAUACAUUAUGACCCGGAGGUCUUUGAGGCUCCAGAGGAGUUUAGAUUCGAUCGUUUUGUAGAAGACGGUAAAAAGAAAACUGCCUUUUUCAAAAACGGGAAGAAGCUGAAGUAUUACCUGCUGCCGUUUGGAUUUGGGGCCAGCAAGUGUCCAGGCCGAUUUUUGGCAAUUGUUGAAGUAAAGCAGUUGUUGGUUAUACUUUUAACUUACUUUGAUUUAGAAAUAAUUGAUGAUAAACCUAUGGAAGCAAACUAUAGUCGACUUUUAUUUGGCAUUCAGCAUCCGGCUUCUGAUGUUUUAUUCAGGUACAAAGUAAAAUCUUAGAGAAGCAAAAAAGAAAGAAAAGAAAUGUAUCCGAACUCAUCUAAAUGUCCGUGGCUCAUCUAUUUGUUAUGAAUUUCUGCAAACAUAAUUGCUUUGUUUGUUUGUUUGUU